UCUUUAAAGCGCGCCCGAGCGCGGGCUCCCCCAGAUUCAGGGUUCCCCGCACCCCUUCCCGCUCUAGCACGCUGCCAUCGGCGCCUCCAACGCAACCUCUCUAGUCUUCGGGGCGCAACGGAGUCCUCCCGACCUCGCCGCCAGCUUGUGGACAUGGAGACCCCCACCUGGCCCCGGGUACCCAGCCCCGAGGCCGCAGUCGCUAGGAUGCUCUUGCUUAUCUGGGUCCUCCUGCAGGUGGCCAGAACGUCAGGCACUACAGAGGUAGUGGUAGCAUAUAACUUAACUUGGAAAUCAACUAAUUUCAAGACAAUUUUGGAGUGGGAACCCAAACCCAUCAAUCAUGUCUACACGGUUCAGAUAAGCCCUAGACUUGGAAAUUGGAAGAGCAAAUGCUUCUACACCACAGACACGGAGUGUGACCUCACCGACGAGAUUGGGAAUGACGUGAAUCAGACGUACCAGGCGCGGGUCCUCUCCUACCCGGCUGACGCCACCGAUUACUCUGGGGAGCCUCCAUUUACAAACUCCCCAGAGUUCACACCUUACCUGGAGACCAAGCUCGGACGGCCAACAAUCCAGAGUUUCAAACAAGUUGGGACAAAGCUGAAUGUGACCAUACGAGAUACGCGCACAUUAAUUAGGAGGAACGGCACCUUCCUCAGCCUCCGGGAUGUUUUUGGCAAGAACUUAAUAUACACACUUUAUUACUGGAAAGCUUCAAGUACAGGAAAGAAAACAGCCAAGACAAACACUAAUGAGUUUUUGAUUGAUGUGGAUGAAGGAGAAAGCUACUGUUUCAGUGUUCAAGCAGCGAUUCCAUCACGGAAGGCUAACCAGAAGAGUCCAGAAAGUCCUAUUGAGUGCACUAGCCAUGAGAAAGGUACGUUCACAGGAGUGCUCCUCAUCAUUGUAAUUGUGGUGCUCGUGGUCCUCAUCCUCAUCAUCAUCCUGUCUGUGACCCUGUACAAGUGCAGGAAGGUGCGCGCGCAGCAGAGUGGGAAGGAGAGCUCCCCACUCAAUGCUGCAUAAGGCGUGUGUCCUGGGAGCUGCCGUCCGCGACGGAGUGUAGGGUGUAGGUGCACUGCGACCAAGAACUUGUAAGACAACAGAAUAUAUAUAUAUAUGGAAACACAAAUGAGUAUCUUGGAGCAUAGAGACUUGAGCUCAGAGAUAGCUCUUGAUCUGACCAGUUCUCACGAUUAGGAUUCUGGUUUCAACGACAGCAUUAGACACUUUGGAAUGUAACGAACGGUACAACCAAUUCCAAGAUUUAAAAAUUUCUAUUUUAACACUAUGGCAACUUUUGCACAUAUCAUAUGUUUGAAUGUACAUUCUAUACCCCAAAUGAAACCAAAUCACGUAAUCAAAACAGAUGAACAAAAAUCUUGGGUAGAUUUUUGGAAAACUUUUGAGAAGCUGACUUCAAAUCAUAGGGGAGAGUGAAAUGGAACUUGGGUGAAGUUUUCUAACAUAGAGAAUUCUUUUGUGAUAUAUGGUGUUUAGGUUCUUCUUUUCUGAGUUCUUUAGAGUUCCAAAACAAUUGGCAACUUUUAUAUGAAUGUGUUAAAUGCAGAAGACUUCUGUUUUGGGGCACAUUCCUAAAGCACCUUACAGUUUAGCACUUUAAUUGACUCAGAUGCUGUGGAUUAAGCACUUGACAGCAGACUAUAUAUAUAUAUAUUUUUAUAAGACUACUAUAGAGACCACAUAGAGGUGAUGAUUUAAGGUACUGCAAGUUUUUAUGGUCAAUAUUGUAUAUAUUUAUAUAAUUUUCUAAAAGGUUUUAUACAUGGGGAUAUUCUAUUUAUAGAAGUAAUAUGGUUCUAUUUGUAUAUAUUGAAAUAAUUUAUUUAAUAUACUUUUAUACAAAUAAAGGUGGCUGGGAAUUGUGA